AACUUUGAUAAGCUGAACAUCCGGACGGCUCAUUACACGCCUCUACCCAACGGCAGCAACCCGCUGAAGAGAGACAUCCAGGACUACGUCAGGUCGGGUUUCAUCAACCUGGACAAACCGGCGAACCCGUCGUCCCACGAGGUCGUGGCGUGGAUCAGGAGGAUCCUGCGGGUGGAGAAAACGGGUCACAGCGGGACGCUCGACCCGAAGGUCACCGGCUGUCUGAUCGUCUGUGUGGAUCGAGCCACGCGGUUGGUCAAGUCCCAGCAGAGCGCCGGUAAAGAGUAUGUGGGGAUCGUUCGGCUGCACAAUGCGAUAGAGAGCGAACACACGCUGGCUCGGGCACUGGAGACGCUGACCGGCGCUCUGUUCCAGCGGCCGCCGCUCAUCGCCGCCGUUAAACGUCAACUGAGAGUCCGAACGAUCUACGAGAGCAAACUGAUCGAAUACGACCCAGAGAGGAGGCUGGGGAUCUUCUGGGUGAGCUGUGAGGCGGGAACGUACAUCCGGACUCUGUGCGUCCACAUGGGUCUGAUGCUCGGGGUCGGAGGUCAGAUGCAGGAGCUGAGGCGGGUCCGGUCCGGCGUGCUGGGAGAGAAGGACCACAUGGUGACGAUGCACGACGUCCUGGACGCACAGUGGCAGUUCGACCACAACAAAGACGAGACGUACCUGAGGAGGGUGAUCUUCCCGCUGGAGAAGCUGCUGGUGUCUUACAAGCGGCUCGUGAUGAAGGACAGCGCUGUGAACGCCAUCUGUUACGGGGCGAAGAUCAUGCUGCCGGGCGUCCUCAGGUACGAGGACGGCAUCGAGCUGAACCAGGACAUCGUUGUCAUAACGACGAAGGGCGAGGCCAUCUGCACAGCUGUUGCUCUGAUGACGACCGCCGUCAUCUCCACGUGUGACCACGGCAUCGUGGCGAAGAUAAAGAGGGUGAUCAUGGAGAGAGACACGUAUCCUCGGAAGUGGGGUCUCGGACCAAAGGCGAGUCAAAAGAAGAUGAUGAUUCAGAAAGGACUCCUCGACAAACACGGCAAACCAAACGGCAGCACGCCAGCCGACUGGAAGAGCCAAUACGUGGACUACAGCGUCUCCAAGGCGACAGAGGAGUCAUGUGACACUUCAGCAAAGAGGAAGAGGGAAGCAACAGAAAGCGACGGUGAAGCUACGACGACGCCGAACACGCCGUCUGCAGAGGACGCCAAGAAAGAGAAGAAAAAGAAGAAAAAAGAGAAGAAGGCGAAACUGGAGGAGGCGGAGCCUGAGGAGCCAGAGGCGGAGCCUGAGGCAGAGGUUGAAAGUGCCAAAAAGAAGAAAAAGAAGAAGAAACAGAAAGAGGACGACGCAUCGGAGUGACGACGGAUCAGCAGGUGAACAGGAAACUGUCAGACUCCACCCACUGACACACCUGUUUGAAUGCAAAGCAUUCUGGGAGUUUAUUAAUAAUGGACUGCUUGAACGCAGGAAGAGGACGUUUUUUUGUUUUUUAUACAAAUCUUAUUUUAUGUUUUAUUUUUCAGCUGUAAAUACCUGAACAGGAAGACUGUAAUUUCAAAAUAAAAGUCUUUGUUUUCUGUA